UCGAGCUGCACGAUCUGCACCUCUGCAACUAUGCACGUUUCUGGUCGGAUGGGUUUGUCAGUAAACACCGCAAAACUGACACAGAGCUCCUGCUCCGCCGCAUCCCCCACAAGUUGUUAAAGCGUGUGUGUGUGUGUAUGUGUGUGUGAGUGUGUGUGGAGCAGGAGGCGGGCUGUGUUGUUUAUCAAAAAUGACUCGACAUGGCUGUGGCUUUCACUCAACAUAUACGGCGUUGCGAGCGACCCUGGAAACCAUAACCAGUUGAGAGAGUGAGAAGCAAAUCAUCUUCAUGAGAGUCAUAAGUGGGGUUGGGUGGCCAUGGACCCAUUCAGCCAGCUUAUCCUCACCAUCUCGGUGACCAGUUUCCUCACCUUCCAGUGGCUCUUCCACAAAGUCAGCCCCUGGAUAUCGAUACGCAUCAGCCCGGGCUUCCUCGGCCUCAGCGACAAGCAGAAGGUGGAAUGGAACUCAAGGACAGUGUCAACAUUUCACGCACUGUUGGUGGGAAUCUUCUGUCUCUACAUUCUGCUCUUUGAUGAUCACGUCAAUGAAGACCCAGUCUGGGGAGAUCCUACACUGGUGAAGACUAAUGUUGCCAUUACAACAGGCUACCUCAUAUCCGAUCUGCUGCUAAUAUUUUACUACUGGAAGGCGAUAGGCGACAAGUUUUUUGUAAUUCACCAUCUGGCAGCGUUGUAUGCUUACUACUAUGUACUGGGCCAAGGAAUGUUGCCUUAUUUUGCUAACUUCCGUCUGCUUGCUGAGUUUUCUACUCCAUGUGUGAACCAGCGCUGGUUCUUUGAGGUACUAGGCUAUCCCAAGUCCUCCCGGCCCAACAUGGCGAAUGGUGUCGCCAUGGCUUUAGUCUUUUUUGUGGUCCGCAUCGCCGUCAUGCCAGGCUACUACAGUCGUAUGUAUGCGGUCUACGGCACUGAGGCCUUCUACCUGGUGCCCUGGGGUGGCCGUUUUGCCUGGAUCUGCUCCAGUAUCUGCUUGGACAUCAUGAACAUUAUGUGGAUGCAUAAGAUUGCCCGCGGCUGCUACAGGGUGCUGCGCUCAGCACGCCGGAGUAAAGCCAGCACACCUCAGGAGAAUGGGAAGUCGGAUUAAGGGAACUAAGGUGUCAGCGGUGAGGAAACACUGCAACAGAGACAAAAUGACAUCACUCUCAGUGCAUUGGUGAGCAGAAACUUGGACCCUUACCUGUCAGGCUGCUUCAGUAGCAGCACACCUGGGACUUGUGACAUUUCAGGAUCGAAUGUAAUGAGGGAAAUGGAGAUUUUUGAAAAAACGGGCACAGUCACUGAGAUGUGAACCGAUGGACCAUUUAACUGGCCAUCUCUAAGCCAUGAAAUGACCUCUUAGCAAUACUCUGUGUGCAUGGCCAAUUAUUUUUGUCUUGAACAAUUUACCACUACACAAUAGAGGUCGUCCUGAGACAAUGGACUUUUAGCCCAAACAGAAAUUGUCAAAAAGUUUACCGUUCUUUACAUACUUACUACUCCACAAAAGACUUUAAAAUGUUUCUUUUUGUAUUAUUACUGCUACCUGAGUCCCAGAAUUGAAAUGUUGAUAAUGUAAGUCCAUGUUGAUGAUGAAACAUAGAUUUGAGAAAACCUUGGAAACUUUCAGUGAUUCCUCAUCAAUGGCCAGUGCCAUAAAAUCCUUGUCUGAUGCCUGUUGAGAAAAGAAAGGUCAAACACCUUUUUUUUUUUCUCCUUAAAUCUUUUCAUCAGCAAAUAUAAAUUCUCCAGGGACACGAUCAGACUACAUCAAGUGCAAUCACAGAGAAGAAUAAGGAUGAAUAAUCAGAUCAUCACUCAUCCACUGUUAUUUAAUUAAGAGGUUCAUCUACAAAACCAGCCUUUAAGAAGUUUAUUAGGAUGAUGUGAGUCUUGGUAGCAUUUGCAUUUGAAUGGUUAGCGUAAAUAAUGUAGAGUUGAAUAGGCAUCAAUACACUGUAUGUCGUCUAUUUCUUUUGUCUUGCUUGGGUCGAGGCAAAGACACAAAAAAAAAUUUAUGAAAAGGAACCUGAUGUACAGAGUACCUUAGUAAUGCUAAAAGGGAAACUGAAUGUUUGUGCACUGACAUUAAGCAAUGCCAGAACAAUAAUAUUGAGGCAACAGUUAAUAUCAGAUUUGAAAAUCCAUGUGAUUUAAUGUGUAUACAAGCUGAUAUGUCACAGAAUCACAAAAACAAAUCACACCUGUAUGUGGCUCAUAACAAUAAUAUGCUAUUGACAGUGUUGUUGGGAGCCAACAUUAUAUUUAUUACUGACGAAGAGCGUCUGCUAUGAGUAGUUUGUUUAUGCUAAGAGGUUUGGUGGAAGAUGUUAGCUGGAUUCAGACACUCGUAAGUUUUUCUGUAUCCAUCCUGAGGUUUAUACAAUAUUCACACUCUCUAUUUAUAUCUUUAAGGCACAAACUGUUUCUUUUACACCUUGGCAACAUUUGCCAAUAAGCUGAAUGCUGCUGUGUGUGUUUUCCAUGAAGGAAAUUCAAUUCAGUACAUUCAUUUGAUAAAGGUAUGGAAGUUUUUUUCCUGCCGAUUGUCAGAAACAUUUUGUAAUUGUUUUGCCGCAUUGUGAUACAAAUAACUUCUGCCUCAUGUUAAAAAAUAUUCCCAAUUGGCUGUUAAACAUAAUAUGCACUUCCAUAUUUAUUCAUUGGAUGCAUACAUGGAUUGCAGGGUCUUUUUUCAAGUGGGAAAUACUGCAGUUUUGAGGACUCACAUGUUAUAAUUGUUUUCAUAAGCAUCAUUCUACUGACUUAGCAGUUUCGUGUUAAUACUCAUACAACACUGAACAAAAGAACUAUUCUGUUCACAUGUUUUUAAUAACCAAGUUACCUUUGUUCAAAUUAAGUCACAAUUCAUCUAUGAUUUAAGAAACAUGCACUUGAAUUGUCAUUGUUAAUGUAUCUUUAUACAAGCUGUAGAUCAAAAGCUUCUGUCAAAUGUUUUGUGAAACAGAAACAGGGAUUGCUCGUUUUUUAAGUACGCCUUGAUAUGUUCAACAUUUGAUUUUGUUGCCUUUUUCAAACAACUUAUGAUUGCACAGUGAAUAUUUUUGUUACAUUCAACUCCUCACAAUGCUGAAAAACGUGUUGUUUUUCAGCAAUUGACUUGUGUGUUUUCCGUGUCUGAUGCCUGUCUAAUGUGAUUGUUUGGCCUUUUUUAUUAGACCAGUUUCAAAUGUAAAAACAAAGAGGGUUGUUAAGGCUGGUUGUUUUUAGUGCUUUGGUUUUCUUAUUGUUUUAGAAAUUCAAAGAUUUAUGUAUUCGUGCCAGUGCUGAAGCCAUUACUACUCCAUGGUGAAGACAUGUGGUGUCAUCAUGGUAUGAUGCUGUUUCUUUUGUUUUGUUUUGUUUUGUUUUGUUUUGUUUUUACUCCAUGAGCAUUUUCAUACGACAGUGCCAACUUGCAGCCAUGAUUCAAUGGUUCAGAUCAAUUCUGUUCUCUUGACCAUCUCUGCAUGCUGUCUCUAGUCACAGUAUGAUGUGGCUCAUUUUAGUUCAGCAUGGUACAACAAUGUGAAAGAGUCCACCAUUAAUAACAGGCAGUGUGUUUUGAACAGAAUAAACUUGACACCUUGUUAUGGGUGGAUGUCACUAUCUCACAUCUUUAAAAAAAAAAAAAGUCAGGGUAUCUGUCAAUAUUUCAGUGAAAUGAAAUCCUUCAAGGAGUAUCAGGACAGCAGGCUACUUCUGAUAGAAUCAUUAGUUGCUCUGUAUGCAAGGUCAUGCAUGGUCAAUAUGGUCUUCUUCUUCAUGCACUCUCUAUAACUGCAUGUGGUAUUGCAUGGGGAUUGCACUAUAAACAAAAUAGCAUAUACAUUUGCAAGACAACUUUUGUUCUUUUUUUCAUAGUACAUGUACAUAAUGUUUACUUAAACGUUAUUCUUGUACUGUGCCACAUAACGUAAUCCACAAAUGAUGAUAAUGAUGUGAUGAGAACAUCACAAAGCAGAUAUUUAGUGUAAUAUCCAGCACAGAAAUAACCAGUAAAGGGAAUACUUGAAUACUAAUCAGUACAGUUUAUAACAAUUUGGGCAGUGCAAAUAAACAUUAAUCCUAUACAAAUCUUGCAUUAUAUGUGUACCAUUGUAUUUAAUUUAUUAAUCCAAGAAAAGUGGACAUAAUACAAAGCAGAUGCCGUGGUAACAGAGUGCAUGAUGCUGCCAUCAGCUGGCCAAACUGAUGUUGGUGUUUUUUGUUCUGAAUGUUGCACGGAGGAGAGACGUGAAUAGGUGGAGUGUUUAGUGACAUUCUAUGAAUGUAUUAGAGAAAAGAAAAUAUUUGUCAUUUACAUUUUCAUUUGUUCUUUACAAUAAAUACCAAAUUAACUGA